AUGCCGGCGGCGGCGCUGCUGGAGGAGGCGAAGGGCGGCCGGCUGCUGUGGUGGAAGGGGCGUACGGGAAGGAGGAAAAGUCGUGGGGAGGCCGCAGCGCUAGGGUUUGGGAGGUCACGCGGGCGCGACGCUCAGAUGUACCCCACCGGCCGCCCCUCCCACUGGUAUAUCUACCCCACCACCACCUCCCCCACAGACCAUACAGUCCACAGGCAUCCCAGCCCCACCGGAGGGAAGGAAGGCCCCACCGCCACCUCACUCCCUCCUCCCAUGCAAGGAAGCUCAAAGCCCUCGUGCGUUAACCCCUCCAUGGCGCCGGCGCCGCCCGUCCCUGGCGCCGACGAGCCGACGGCACGCCGCAUCGUGGCAGCGCACCGGCUCCCCCUCCACACGACGCCGGAUCCGGACUCGCCGUUCGGCUUCGCCUUCUCCCUCGACCCUGAUGCGCUCCCGCUCCAGCUCUCGCGCGGCCUCCCCGUGCCCGUCACCUUCGUCGGCACCCUGCCUGCCUCGGCCGCCUCCGCCGUCAUCCCCUCCGACGAGCUCGAUGACUAUCUCAUGGAGAACUUCUCCUGCCUCCCCGUGCACCUCGACUGCGACAUCCACACCGGGUUCUACGACGGCUUCUGCAAGCACUACCUGUGGCCGCUGCUCCACUACCUGCUCCCGCUCGAGCCGCCGGACGACCACGGCGGCCUCCGCUUCAACGACGCCGCGUACAGAUCCUUCAUCGCGGCGAACAGGCGGUUCGCUGACCGUGUGAUCGAGGUGCUGUCCCCGGACGACGGCGACCUCGUCAUUGUCCACGACUACCACCUAUGGGUGCUCCCCACCUUCCUCCGCCGCAAGUGCCCACGCGCCGGCGUCGGGUUCUUCCUCCACUCGCCGUACCCCUCCGCCGAUCUCUUCCACACCACCCCUGUCCGCGAGGACCUCCUCCGCGCACUCCUCAACGCCGAUCUCAUCGGGUUCCACACCUUCGACUACGCACACCACUUCCUCUCCUCCUGCUCCCGCCUCCUCGGCAUCUCCAGCCGCUCCCAACGCGGCCACUUCGGCAUCAAUUACCGAGGCCGGACGGUGCUGGUCAAGGUCCUCCCCGUCGGCGUCGACAUGGUCCAGCUCCGCGCCGCGCUGGCCUCGCCAGAGGCCGCCGCCAAGGCCAAGGAGAUAACCGAGGCAUACCGCGGGCGCAAGCUCAUGGUCGGCGUCGACGACGUCGACCUCUUCAAGGGCAUCAGCCUGAAGCUUCAGGCCCUGGAGAAGCUGCUCGAGACGAACGCGGACACGCGUGGCAAGGUUGUGCUCGUCCAGAUCAACAACCCCGCGCGCAGCCGCGGCCGCGACGUCGACGGCGUCCGCGACGAGACAGACGAGAUACGGCGGCGCAUCAACUCGCGUUUCGGCAGGACAGGGUAUCAGCCGGUCCACGUGAUCGACGGUCCGGUGCCUAUGUGCGAGAAGGCGGCCUACUACGCCGCCGCCGACUGCUGCGUCGUCAGCGCCGUUCGCGACGGGCUGAACCGGAUCCCCUACUUCUACACGGUGUGCCGGGAGGAGGGCCCCGCCGCCGCCGCCGCCGAGAACGGAGACUCCGCGGCGCAGAGGACCAGCGCCGUCGUCGUGUCCGAGUUCGUCGGGUGCUCGCCGUCGCUGAGCGGCGCCAUCCGCGUCAACCCGUGGAACCUGGAGGCCUUGGCCGAGGCCAUGCACACCGCCCUCACCAUGCGCACCGAAGACAAGCAGGCGAGGCACAGGACGCAUUACAACUACCUGAGCGCGCACGACGUCGUCGCCUGGGCGCAGUCGUUCGACGCGGUCCUGCAGCUCGCCUGCAAGGACCGCUCAACGAUGAGGUUCAUCGGCCUCGGGUUCGGGAUGAGCUACCGCGCCAUCGCGGUCGACGCGAGCUUCAAGAAGCUCACACCGGAGCACGUCCGCCCGGCGUACUGCGCUGCGGCGCGCAGGCUGAUCCUGCUGGACUACGACGGGACAUUGGUGCCCGAGGAGUCGGAUCGUAGGGCACCCAACGUCGGAGUGAUUGAUCUCCUCAAUGAGCUGUGCUCUGAUCCAAAGAACGUCGUCUUUGUCGUCAGCGGCCGCGGCAAGAAUGAACUGGCACAGUGGUUUGCUCCAUGUGAGAAGCUCGGCAUCUCUGCAGAGCAUGGCUACUUCACAAGGUGGAGCAGGGGUGAUCCAUGGGAGUCAAUCAAGUCGGUGUCUGGCUUUGCAUGGAAAGAAACAGUUGAGCUUGUGCUGAAGAAUUACACAGAGUCAACUGAUGGUUCGUACAUCGAGAACAAAGAGACAGCAAUGGUGUGGCACUACCAGAAUGCCGACAAAAAACUUGGCCCGUGCCAAGCCAAAGAACUCUUCGACCACCUGGUGGAUAUGCUUGCAAAGGAGCCGGUGUCUGUCAGCUGCGGCAGUAAGAUUGUAGAAGUGAAUCCUCAGGGGGUGACCAAAGGCUUCGCGGUGGGGAAUCUGAUCUCCGCCAUGGCGCGCUGCGGAGACGCGCCGGAUUUCAUUAUCUGCGUGGGGGACGACCAGUCCGACGAGGCGAUGUUUGAGAGGCUCGACAGAAUCGGGGGCGGCAACAAGCCGCCGCUGCUCCCGGCAGGCGCGUGGGUCUUCGCGUGCACCGUAGGGAACAAGCCGAGCUCGGCGAGGUUCUACCUCGACGAGCCCGAGGACGUGCUCACCAUGCUCCGUGGCUUGGCUUUCUGA